AGUUCCAGGCAUGAUGCACCCCUGACUCUUGCUCUCCAACUUUUCGCAUCUGCUCUGUCUGAUCAUCUAAUAUUUCAACUUUGAUAGAUGUUCCCGCAAUGUUCAUUACCGCUGUACUGGUAUGCCACUUCGGACUCAGGAUACCGAUGGCGGCGACAUUUCUCUUUCUUCAAAACAAGGACCCGAUCACUGGACUUUAUUCGAAAGCAUGGACGGAUCUGAACUUUGUCUUCUUUUGGAUCGUGAUGUUCACGUUCGUGAGGGCGUUUGUCAUGACCAUGAUACUGAAGCCCAUUGCGAUCCAAUGCGGCGUCAAGAGGGAGCACCAACGAAAUCGUUUCCAGGAAGAAGGCUGGGUCUGUCUUUAUUACUCUGCGAGCUGGACCCUGGGCAUGGUAAGCUGGUUUUUGUUGUUUUUUUGUUUUCGUUCUUUUUCCAUCCCGAAGGGUCAACAGAAGGGGGAGCACCAGCAUUCCAUGACAUGGAUGUUUUGACUUGGCCUAUGGAUAAAGGUGGAGAUCAAAAAAAGAAAGGACAGCGGUUGCACAAACGGAAGAUGAUAUCAUCAGGCGCGCACGGAAGACGAUUUUAUUUUACCGGGGACGUGGGGGCAGCAAAGAGACAGGACGAUGUUGGUGCUCAACAAGGAGCGAUGGAUAUUCUUAAUUCCUUUUGCUCCACCGCUGAGGAACUAGACGAGACAUGCUUGGAGGGCAAGUCCAAACAGGAAUGGACAAAUGGACAGCCAACUACCCAUAUACAUCCAGAAACGCAUACAAUGCAUACCUUCACUGAUGCAUGCAGCUCCAUCUAUCUUUGACGGUUCAAGUCGGGGAUAAAAUCCCUCGGCAGAGGAAGCCGGCUCCUGCACAUGUCAUUUUCUAUCAAUAUUUAUAAUUUCCUCGAACUAUAUCCGGAGAUUUGAUUAUCCUGUCGUUGUCAAUUGCUUUUCAGGCACCGUCAAUGCACCUCAUACUCACACUCUAUUGUUUUUACUUCGCCAUGCUA